GUCGACAAUUCAGUGCUAUUGUGACCUCAGUAGACUACCGUGGUUGUGAAUAAGCUAAAAGAAUGUAGUGUAGCGAAAAGUUGUGUUAGUAUUUAAUUAUACUGCUGUAGUUAACCAUUUUUAAACAAAUUAAUCCAUGAAAAUCUGCAGCAAAAAUACAAUAUUUGCAAUAAGAAUGAAAUUAAAAAGAGUAUAAGUGUGAAUACAAAAAAAUUGUUCCAUUAAUAUGUGCUAAGAAAGAGAAAGUAGUGCAAAGUUUGAAAGGAGUGCAAUUCUAAUCUUUACAAUAAGUUGAUAGAAUCACUAAAACCAUUCGUAAAGAAAAUAAGUAUGUAAACUCAAAACCAAUAGAAAAAAGUAAAAUUAUUAUUAUUUUCAAGUGGAAUUCUUGACAACGGGUCCUUAAUCAAAAAUAAAACACAAGCUAUUAAACAUAAACACCUCCAAUUUGUUGAACAACUAGCUGAUAUACUGUUGGGCUACAAAAUGUCAGGACAGGCAGCAAACAGCCAUAGCAAUCAAAGAGAUGUCGAAAAUGGUCUCUAUCCACAAAUGCCGUCUGAACGUGGCCAAGCAACACAAAAACCGACAACGUCUCGUCCACCACCACGUCGUCAAGAUACAAUUGACAUGGAAGUUAUCCCAUUGAAUCGUAGCCAAUCCGCCCCUACAGGAGUUGAAACGGAUGACCGGCGACGGGCGCGUCGUAUCUUUGAUAAUCAUGACUCAGAUGGCGAUGGCUUCAUUAAUAUUCACGAACUUAAAGGCCUUAUCAAUGCAGGCCUCUGCAGUGAUAUUCCCGAUUACAUUGCUUCACAAAUUCUUCAAAUGUCUGAUGAUGAUAGUGAUGGGCGUUUAAAUUUCGAGGAAUUUUAUCAAAUGUCCCAAACUCACAAAUGGAUGAUAAGGAAUAUUCUUACCAAAUACUGUCGCUUGGUUGUUCCGCCGCCAAAAGCAAUCGAAGGUGACCAAUUGGAUGGUGUCUAUGAAAAGCAAAUGUCAGUCUGCCCACCACCACUGACUAUGGUUAUGUUCUCCAUAAUUGAAAUUUUAUUUUUUUUAGUGGAUGUAAUACAUUUUCAAGACGAUCCUAACAACACUGCCAAUAUAGGUGAAAAUACGAAUGGCCCCGCAGCGACUCUCUUCAUUUACAAUCCCUACAAGCGUUACGAGGCUUGGCGUUUCGUCACAUACAUGUUUGUGCAUGUCGGCCUGAUGCAUCUUUUCAUGAACCUUAUCAUACAAAUAUUUCUGGGCGUCGCUUUGGAACUUGUACAUCAUUGGUGGCGUGUAGCUUUGAUUUACUUGGCUGGUGUGUUGGCAGGCUCGAUGGGUACUUCAUUGACAAGUCCGCGCAUUUUCUUAGCCGGUGCCUCUGGUGGCGUUUAUGCGCUAAUCACAGCGCACAUUGCCACCAUAAUUCUGAAUUAUAAGGAAAUGGAGUAUGCCAUAGUGCAGUUAUUUGUAUUUCUUAUAUUCUGCUUCACGGACUUAGGUACUUCUGUUUAUCGGCAUUUGACAGAUCAGCACGAUCAAAUCGGUUACAUUGCACAUUUAUCAGGCGCCGUCGCGGGUCUAUUGGUAGGUAUAGGGGUGCUGCGAAAUCUGGAAGUACGUCGUUGGGAAAGAAUACUCUGGUGGAUCGCCAUUAUACUCUACUUUUCACUUAUGAUGACCGGUGUUUUAAUUCAUGUGCUGAUGCCCAAUUAUUUCCCACGUCAAGAAUACAAUUAGAUUAAUAUCGAGCAAUCAACCGAAUCGCUAAAGCAUACAUACAAUCUGACAUAGCAGUAUACGCAUAAAAAUACAAUAUUUUAUAACAUGUUUACAGUAAUUAUAUAAUUAUAUAUAAGCGGGACAGAUUACUUACAUUUUGAUAUAUUUAUACAGUUACGCACAUGAGCAACAUGGACGACACAUAGUUGCAUUUUUGGUAUUAAGUUUAAAGAGCUAGUAUCAAGCCCAAAGUGCCUUUAGAGUAUUUUAUACACAUAAAUUACUCUACAACAAAGUAAAAAUAUAAAUUUAUAAUAAAGUCAUACUGCAUUUACCAAAUAGGAUUAUGUUUGUUUGCAACUCAAAUGUUAAAAUCCUUUGUAAAGACUUAAAGUAAAAGAAAUAUAGCUAUGCAUAUCUUUCCGGGAGACAUUUUCAAAAUAUUUGACAUUGAUGAUUUUUUUUUCAAUAUUAUUUUAUUUAUUGGAUCUGCUUUUUUUGUAAGUCUAACAAUAAGUUAUAAAAUCUUAUAUCUAUUUAAAAACUAGACAAGCUCAAGCAAUUGAUUGAGCUGUUUUGGUGAUACAUUGAUGAUGGCAGCCAAAUAAAAUGCAUCUGAAGGUUUGAUAGCAGAUUAAAAAUGUAUACACAUUAUGAAUUGAUCUAUAAUAAAUAUUUCGAAGAUAUUAAAAGUUUUAAGCAAAAAUAUUUAUUCUCUGAAUUUUUAUACAGAUUGCAUAAAUUUAACCACAUAAUAACUUGUAAAAUAGCUUAAAACUUUUUGUAUGAAUUGAACUUUGUAUAGAAGUUACUUUAGUUAAGUGGAAUUGACACAAAGAUCAAAAGUAUUCAAUUAUGAAAAAAAUAAAAAGUGACAGCUUUAAACGUAA